AGUGAGGUUAGGAUUUUAGAUUCCAAAAAUGAACAAAAACUCCAACAUAUUUGAUAUAACAGGAGAAAAAUAAUGUUAUUCAGAUUUCUGAAGUUACCAAAACUUUUACUAGGUCAGAAAUUCAUCCACAAAUAUAUUUUCAAUAUGGAAAAAGCAUACCUAAGAUAUUUAGGUGAGGACAGUAAUCAAUUUGAAUUUUCAUUCAAAUAUAAGAAUGAAGACCUGAAAAUCGACAGACAGUUCAAUUUCUGUAGGAAACUAUCCGAAAAUGUAGAAGUAUUUUUAUCCAGAGUGACGACCAAUGUAGGGAAAAUUGUAAACAAGAAAUCUAAGAAGAAAAUGAAGAAGGAAAAUAACAUACAGUUAGACCAAACAGUUACUGCAUUAUUGUAUCUUGGUGACAAAGAACUGGAAAAGACAAAAUUGUGUAGUGAUGUUUUCCAGAUUGGUAAUCAUAAUAUAGUCUUCAAAUUACUUGAUAGAAACUAUGAAGUCAUAAUAAACUCACCAUGGGUAGAUUCUAUGUCUUUACCAAUGUCCAUAUUAGCAAACUUUCCCACCUACCCAUCUAAAUUUGACACUGUCUUCACAGACAAAGAACUGUCUGAAUUCACUUGGUCCAAAUCUGUUGAUGAUACUACAUGGACUCAUGUUGGUAAAGGCUUCAUUUAUAUUCCUACUAAUGAGGAUAUCAACCAUUACUUGAAGCUUAGUUGUGUUCCCAAAAAUGAAAAUUCUGAAGGUCCUACUGCUGAGGCUGUUUCAGUUUGCAAAGUUGAUGCAAGCCCUGGUCAAUGUCCUUUUGAAACCAGGCACAAUUUUACAAGAGAAAGGGCCAGGGAUAAUGAAUUUCGAGUUGUAACAUACAACAUUUUGGCUGAUCUGUACUGUGAUUCAGAUUAUACCAGGACAGUCUUACAUCCCUAUUGUCCACCUUAUGCUCUAGACAUUGAUUACCGAAAACAGUUGAUAUUCAAGGAGAUCAUUGGUUAUAAUGCAGAUAUAAUUUGUCUUCAAGAAGUGGACAGAAAACUUUACCAAUAUGAUCUCCAACCUGUUCUUAGUCAUUUAGGAUAUCAAAGCAAAUUUUUCACUAAGGGCAAUGAAGUAGCUGAAGGACUAGCCUUGUUCUUCUAUUCAAAACGGUUCAACUUGAUGGAAUCUCACAGAUUGGUGUUUUCUGAACACAUUUCCACUGACAAACUUUUUGCUGACCUAUGGGAAAAUAUAGAAAAAAACGAAAACCUGGCAAAAAGGAUCUUGGCAAGAUCAACCACUUUACAGACAAAUGUGUUGGAUGUUGUGGAUAGAGAUGAAGUUUUAGUUGUUGCAAAUACUCAUCUUUAUUUCCAUCCAGAUGCUGAUCAUAUUCGGCUCCUGCAUGCUGGUUUGGCUAUAAAAUACUUGGAGAAUUUCAUAACAGAACUCAGAAAAAAGAUUCCUAGGAAGAGAAUUUCCUUAAUUUUCUGUGGAGAUUUCAACAGCUCCCCAGACUGUGGUAUUUACAAGUUAUUUAGUGAAGGACAUUUGCCAAGUGAUUUUAAGGAUUACCAGAGCAAUAAGGAGGAGUCCAUAAAUGGUAUAGAGCUAAAGCAACCAUUUAAAUUGGCUAGUGCAUGUGGUACUCCGAAAUACACAAAUUAUACAUCUAUGUUUGCAGAUUGUUUGGAUUAUAUUUACUAUGAAACAAGCAAUCUUGCAGUCAGUCAAGUGGUGCCCCUUCCAAGUCAUGAGGAGGUUACAGAACAUACAGCUUUGCCUAGCAUUGUAUUUCCAUCUGAUCAUAUUGCUCUAAUAUCUGAUAUGAAAUGGCUAUGAAGAACUCUUCCCAUACUACCAAAAUCAUUUUACUAUUUUUAUUCGAUUAUUAUGAUGGAAUAUUGAAUUUAUGCCUCCACAUU